UGUCACUUGUCAUUUAGUUUUUCUUUACAUCUUAACAGGUUUUUUAGGUUAUCUUUGGUGAAAAUUGGGUCAAAAUAAACGCUAUUACGACGUAUUUCACAGAUUAAAAUGGAUGUUCUUAGUCGUCCUGCCGAAGAAUUUGAAAAUGACCAGGCUGUGGAAACGAUGUGGGCUAUCAAAGCUUUCGAUCACGCAGAAGUAUAUUUUAAUAUCCUUUGCUCAGUAGAUCCAAAAUUGCUCAAAUUAACACCAGUAGAUGAUAUAAUUUACAAGGUAUUCCGUGAAGAAUUUCCAAAAAUGGAAUUAGAGGUAAUAAAUGAAAACGAAUUGAAAAGUACUAAAGAAAAGGCGAAGUGGCGACCAUAUUGUGAGAGGUUUAAAACUUUGGUGGAAGAUUAUAGUUUUGGAACGUUGCUUAGAGCAGACGCCAAAGAGGAUUAUAAAGAAGAAAAUACAAUCUUAGUUACUAGAAUACAGUUUUAUGCUAUAGAAUUGGCUAGGAACAGAGAAGGUGUUAAUGAUAUUCUUAGGAAGAAAUUUUGGCCCAAACCACAGGAAAAUCUCGAUUAAAAAUCUUUUCUUUUGUGAAGCAAACAUUUUACUCAUAAUUUUUUUACUUCGAUAAGUUUUGUAAUAUAAUAAAUUAUUCUAAAUUAGUCUCUCUAAUCUAGUCAUAAGUUACCCACAAAAACUGUACAGUUUUAUAUCCACCAUACAAAAUUUGAUAAAUUUUCGGUAGAUGCCACCACAACGGGCACAAAAUUGCAAUUGUUCAAAAAUGCAUGUAAAACACAAGUUGCAUGCAAAAAACGUGAAGUGAAUUAAGAAACACUAUUGAUCAAAUAUUUCUGAUUUCAUCAUUUUGACUGUGUUAAAAAGAUUUUUUCCCUACCAGUACAUAAGCAAUGGGGAAUUUUACGUUAGCUGUUAAAUUUUAAUUCUUGUCUACUAUUGUCCUUUGUUCACUAUAUUAUGUAUAAUUAAAUUACUUAUGAAGCUUU